AUGGCAGCGGGCGAGACCCAGCUCUAUGCCAAGGUCUUCAACAAAGUCAAGUGCCGCAGCACCCCCUCCCUCCUGGACCCCCUCCUGGGCAUGGGCUUCCCGGCACACACCGCGCUCAAGGCAUUGGCAGCCACUGGAAGGAAGACGGCAGAGGAGGCAUCAAACUGGCUACACUGCCAUUGCAAUGACCCUUCUCUGGACGACCCCAUCCCCCAGGAGUACGCCCUAUUCCUCUGUCCCACGGGUCCCCUGCUGGACAAGCUUCAAGACUUCUGGAGAGAGAGCAGGCGGCAGUGCGCCAAGAACAGAGCCCACGAGGUCUUUCCUCACAUAACACUCUGUGACUUCUUCACGUGCGAGGACCAGAAGGUGGAGUGUCUAUACGAGGCACUGAAGAGAGCCGGGGACAGGACCCUGGGCGCGUUCCCCUCGGCCGUGCCUCUGGUCCUGCAUUCUUCCAUCAGCUACCUGGGCUUCUUUGUGGACGACAGCCCCGCAGACGUCAUCCGGGAAUUUGCUGUGAUGUUCGCCACAGAAGCCUCCAUCUUGGCAGACUGCUCAGUGAAGCCUUGUACCAAGCAGCUGCAUCUCACCCUGGCCCAUAAGUUCUACCCUCACCACCAGAGGACGCUGGAGCAGCUGGCCAGAGCCAUCAACCCCAGCCACAGGUGCCAGUGGACGGCUGCGCUCUACUCACGGGACAUGCGCUUUGUACACUAUCAGACCCUGCGGGUCCUGUUCCAGUACAAACCCCAGAACGUGGAUGAGCUGACGCUCAGCCCCGGCGACUACAUCUUUGUGGACCCCACGCAGCAGGAGGAAGCCAGCGAGGGCUGGGUGAUCGGGAUCUCGCAGCGGACGGGCUGCCGGGGCUUCCUGCCGGAGAAUUACACGGAGCGAGCCAGCGAGUGUGACACCUGGGUGAGACACAGGACGUACACCUUCAGUGUAGCCCCUGACAUGAGCUCCAGAAAGGACGGUGAGGCCAGCAGCAGACGGAACGGGGAGCCCAACCCGCCAUCCUCAUCCAGAAGCCUCAGCAGCCUGCAGUCCCUACAGGCCACGAUAGUGAGGAGAAGCGUCCUGGUGGUCCGCCAUGGGGAGAGGGUGGACCAGAUCUUUGGGAAGUCCUGGCUGCAGCAGUGUACAACACCCGAUGGAAAAUACUACCGGCCAGACCUGAACUUCCCUCGCAGCCUGCCCAAACGGAGCCGCGGUAUCAAAGACUUUGAAAAUGAUCCACCAUUAUCUUCUUGUGGAAUUUUCCAGUCCAGAAUGGCAGGGGAAGCUCUGUUGGACAGCGGCAUCAGGAUCACCUCGGUCUUCAGCUCCCCCGCCCUCCGCUGCGUGCAGACGGCCAAACAUAUCCUGGGAGAGUUCAAACUGGAGAAAAAAGUUAAGAUAAGAGUGGAACCUGGCAUCUUUGAAUGGACCAAGUGGGAGGCCGGCAAAACCACCCCUACCCUCAUGACCCUGGAAGAGAUGAAGGAGGCGGAUUUCAACGUCAGCCUGGAUUACAGGCCGGCCUUCCCCCUCGCCUCUCUCCUGCCGGCUGAGGGCUAUGAUGAUUACGUGCACAGGUGUGCAGUGAGCAUGGAACAGAUCGUCAGCACCUGCCCACAGGACGCAGGCGUCAUCCUGGUCGUGGGCCAUGGCUCGGCGCUGGACACCUGCACUCGCCCGCUGCUUGGGCUGCCGCCCCGGGACUGCGCGGACUUUGCCCAGCUCGUGAGAAAGAUCCCGUCUCUGGGUAUGUGCUUCUGCGAAGAAAACAAAGAGGAAGGAAAAUGGGAGUUGGUGAACCCGCCCGUGAAGACGCUGACUCAUGGCUCCAACUCCGCGUUUAACUGGAGGAACUGGAUCCAGGGCAACUGAUGCCAGUUCUUUGUUUGCAUGACUCACACUGGAGAGAAGGGACUCCGCAGAGGCUGUGAGACCCUGUUAUCUUGAAGGGAUGCUGGUCUCCCCGAGGUGAUUCGUAGAAGCACAACACGCACUUUCAGACACCAGAGUGUUGGCCAUCUGCCAACCGCCGCCCUGCGAGCUGGGCUGUGGGGAUGCCAUCUUGUACCCUGUGCAUCAGCCGUGCCAGCUGGCAGGGGAUGAGGACCCGUGACUCUGGUUCCAGGAGUUAAAGACCCACCCCAAGCCCACCCCAGGGAAAAUUCCACUUUAUAUGUUUUUGUCAAGUUCUGGGCUAUGUUUCCUUUCUCUGUUUCAAACACUCUUGGGCUGUUUCCACACAGGCUGAAGGAGGUAAAAUAUUGAAUAAAAAUGGAGCAAGGAAACCGCCUACCAGAUCAAAACCAGGAACCGAGCUUGGUGUCCACAGACCAGGUAUCAGGGACCUGCUGCUGCUAUGACGAGUAAGCCCACGGUGGUGAUCAGAGACACAAGUUUGAAACACACACACACGUUUACUCUGUUGCAGCCCUGCAGGCCAGAAGUUCUGAAAUGGGCUAGAGGAGUACUCUUCUUCCACAGCCCUGAGGGAGAGUCUGAUUCUCUGUUUCUCUGGCCUGCAGAGGUGCCCGCACUCCUGGCCCCUGGCACCUUCCUCCAUCCUCAAAGGCAGCUGUGGUGCCCCUUCAGAUCCCCCUGCUCCUCCCCUUACACAGUCAUGUCACCUCUGCUGCUGACUCUCCUAUCUCCCUUUUGUGAAUACCCUCAGGUUACACCGAACCCACCCAAUAAUCAGGAAUAUCUCCCCAUCUCAAGACCCUUAACUUAAUUCCACCAGCAAAGUCCCCUUCGCUGUACCAUGUGACGCAGUCAUGGGCCCAGGGAUCAGGGAGUGCACCUCUCGGGGGGCCACCUUUCAGCCCAUCACCCCCAGUCCUCCCAGGGUCCACCUUUCAGCCCAUCACCCCCAGUCCGCCCAAGCACGUCGGGCUGUUUAUACAGAGGCCAGGGUGGAAGGGUUUGUGACAUCCCCUUGGUGCAGGGCUCACUUCGUUUCUCUUUUUCUCCAUUUUGAUCAAGUGGAGCGGGGAGGCGGGCUUUGUAAAUGGAGGGGGUGGGUCCUGCCUUGACUAUCAGGAGAGAGAAAGCAGAGAGGACCCCCAACCCAGGCACAGCGAAGCCUCCAGGGAGGGUGCAUCCAAGGGUGCUCUGACUUCGAACAAGCUGGUCCAGGCAGUCAAUGGAGGGGGCACCCAGCUGUGUCCUCUCACCCCAUCCUUGCCCAAGAAGAAGAAAUAGCCCUCAGAGUGCUCAGAGGGAGGGCGCAGUCAUGCUGAGACAUGCUGCCCGACCCCAACACCUCUGUUCUUUCCUGGAUACACCAGUGCCACACCGACGUUCCCAAUCAUGAUGGUGAAUAAAAAUGUCACAAGUCAAACUCGUAGGAUUUACA